AUGGCACGUCUUCCAUACCCCAACGUCGACCCGAAAACCGCACCUCUCAACAUCCUCAAGUUACUCGCACACACCCCAGCCACAGCCAACCCAUGGUCGCAAGUCGGGGCAGCUCAAUUCAAGGAUCUCAAACUCUCGAGCAAGAACCGAGAGUUGGCCAUCCUCCUCAGCACCUCUAAAUUCCGUGCUUCGUAUGAAUGGACGCAUCACGUACCGGUGUCUACAAAAGAAGGCGUGACCGACGCCCAGCGUGACGUCCUAGCUCAGGCCGGCAAACAGAAGGGUUUCUUCCUGCGAUCACCGCCACAGACUGCCGAUCUCUUUACCUUGCAGGAGCAGACGCUGUUGGUGUUUCUUGAGGCGAUCAUCGAUGGGCCGCAGGUCAGCGAGGAAAUCUGGAAAAGGGCGAAAUCCGAGUUCUCUGACAGGGAGAUUGUGGAAAUCAUCACGCUUCAGGUAAGUCUUCCCGGGUACUCUGGUUGA